AUGGCGCGAAAAGGCAGCCGCAAGGUCCGCACUGGAUGCUUGACCUGCAAAAUACGCAAGGUCAAGUGUGACGAGGCCAAGCCAUUUUGCCAGCGGUGUGAAAAGACUGGCCGAAAGUACAUACUACCGUGGACCCCUGAUCCGGCCAAUUCUCGAUCUCUCUACCAAUACGGCGGAACCGAGACCGAAGCAAGGGCCCUGCAAUUUUUCUGCGAAGUUGCAGGGCCAUCACUUUCUGGCCCUAUUGAACCCUCAUUCUGGACAAAGGUUGUCAUGCAGAUCUGCUGUUCUCAACCAGCCGUCAAACACUCCGUCGUCGCAAUCAGCUCCUUUUACGAGGAGGUAGAAGCUGAGGUCCAGUCUGGGAAGAAACCACAACACACCGUCGCGCUGAAGCACUACAACACGGCAAUACAAGAGCUGAAAAAGAUGGAUAACCAACCGCUGGUACUAUUGGUAUGUCUUCUCUUCGUCUGCAUGGAACUCCUCCAAUCGAACCAGGGAUUGGCUGUCCAACACUGCAACCACGGCCUUGCCAUAUUAAAGCAGUGCAUAUCUGAAACUUGGGUGACGGAACACCUGGCACCCAUGUUCCGACGACUAUGCGCAGUCCCACUGUUCUUCGGUGGAGACUUUGCCAACUUCCCAGACCUGAAUGUUCUGGAAUAUCCAAUACCGAGAGAAGCAGAGUUUUCUAGUUUUUCAGACGCUCAAGGUAUGAUUGACGAUAUUUUCAACCGAACGGUACGGCUCGUUCGAUGGGGCGAGGAGUACUGUGUCGGUGAGCUGAGGCAUAAGGAAGUAAAUCCUCGCCUCCUCGAAGAACAAAAAAGAACCGAGGCACUUCUGGCUCAAUGGCAGACACUGUUUGACAAAUGGGAAAGCAAGGUGAAACCAUCAGCCGUGACGGACAUUCAGAGAAGCUUCCUCGUCAUGCGUCACCAGACUUGCCAGAUCUGGGCUCGAAUGGCCUUUUGCCCCGAGGAGUCGGGUUACGACAAACACGUGGACAACUUUAAACGAAUAGUCGAAGAGUCUGCACGCAUCGAAACGAAUCACAAACGGUCGUUGGCGUUUUGUUUCGAGAUGGCCUUUACGCCGAUGCUCUUCUCAAUUGUGAUGAAGUGUCGGGAUUUGACCACGCGCUUAGAAGCUCUGCGGCUGAUCAAGGUGCAUGGAGUACCGCGGGAGAGCCUUUGGGAGAGCCAAAUAAUGCAUGCUAUCGGACGACGGUUAAUCGAAAUCGAGCAUGGUGCGAUACUGGAUGACCAGGGACAACUAUCACCAAUGCCAGUUGCAUGUCCUGGCAUGCCACCAGAAGAACGAAGGAUCCACCGACUCAUAUCGGAGCCUUCAGAAAGUGCUCAAGCUGGGGUGUAUGGUGGAAAGAUACGCAGGACAAGGGUCAAGUUCUUUAUGCGGACGCUUGAAGGCAAGGUCUUUCAUCAUUCGGAGCUCCUUGCGACGGAUGAAGCACCAGCAUCUUUUAGCGCCACUAGCUCGAAGAGUCCUGAAUCGCGAGCCUGA